AUUCUUGUUGAGCACCCACCUGUCCAAAAUCCCAUAUACCUGCCCUGUUCCUCGCCAUUCGUCUUCAAAUUCUCGAACUGCUCGUCUGUUUUCUUUCUUCACCGCUUUGCAUUGUCCGGCCCAAUCCGUCGCGUACUUCUCGUUGUUCUCUUUCCCAUUCCGAUAUUACUGACUGGCACAGAACGGCAAAACACCCAGUUGAGGUAUUCCCACAGGGGGAAAGCAAGCCGUCAAGAUGGUGUACAUUCGCCAGCAUCAAUUGCCUAAUUUGAAGAGUUACCGGUAUGCGGGUGUCGACCACUCGUUCAUAAGCCGGUACAUUCUCAAGCCGUUCUACAAUAACUUUGUGAUCCACUGUUUUCCCAUGAGCAUGGCGCCCAAUGCCAUCACCCUGACGGGCUUCUUAUUUGUGGUAAUUAAUCUCUUCACCGUGCUCUAUUACAACCCGACGCUGGACCAGGACUGUCCCCCUUGGGUCUAUGCCAGCUGCGCGCUGGGUCUUUUCCUCUACCAGACGUUCGAUGCUGUAGAUGGCAUGCAGGCGCGGAGAACGAGACAGAGUGGUCCUCUGGGUGAACUGUUUGAUCACAGCGUCGAUGCUUGCAACACCGCAUUGGGUGUCUUGAUCUUCUGCUCUACGAUGAACUUUGGUCAAUCAUGGGCUACCGUGUUGACUCUGUUUGGAUCCACCAUGACCUUCUACGUUCAGACCUGGGAUGAGUACUACACCCAGGUGUUGACGCUGGGUAUCGUCUCGGGCCCCGUGGAAGGAGUGCUGACGCUCUGCGUGGUGUUCGCAUUUACGGCCUACGAAGGUGGCGGCAGCUUCUGGCACCGUGCUAUGUUCGACACCGUCGGCGUGCCCAAGUUGGAUUGGAUCCCCGAAGCCGCCUAUGAAAUGUCCUUUACGCAGUGGUACCUGGUUUAUGGUGGUCUGCUUCUCUUCUUCGCCACCGGAUCCAGCAUCUACCACGUCGUGCAAGUCCGCAGGGAACGCGGCCAGGACCCUAUCAAGCCCCUGUUCGGUCUUCUCCCUCUUGUGGCGACUUGGAUCUUCGUCCCGGCCUACCUGUACUUGCAGCCGGCUAUUUUGGAGAAUCACUUGAUUCCAUUCGUUCUGUACGUUGGCUUGAUUAACGCCUAUUCUGUGGGCCGGAUGAUCGUGGGACACCUGGUCAAGACUCCCUUCCCGUACUUUAACAUUCUUCAGGUUCCAUUGGCUCUCGCCGUGUUCGACAGUGCGGGUCCUUUCUUUGGUCUCUGGUCUAGCAUUCUUGGAGCCGAUUUGAGCAGCCAGGUGGCGUUUGUGUUUGUUUCGCUUGGUCUGGCUGUUGGUAUCUAUGGAAGCUUCGUGCAUGACGUUAUCACCACGAUCUGCGAUUAUAUCGAUAUCUGGUGCUUGACUAUCAAGCACCCGCACGUCGAGGAAGCGCAGGCCACUGCCAGGGAAGGCGUUGCCGUUGCGAAGAAGGCCCAGUGAUUGGCUCGUUGGGUGCCUGACCAAUCGCAUAUCAACUAUGCGACACUUCUAGGGUGAAAUAGUUCGAUUUCUUUCUCUUUCCUGAUGACCAACGGCCAAGAUGGGGCUUUUGGAGAAUCUAGACCAUCUCGCGCGCGUAGGUAUUGCAUUCAAAAGGUUGAUAUCAUUCAUGUGUAUAACAGCGGUAAUUACCAUUAGCGAUAGAGCGUUGUAUUUAGCAAUUGACUGCAUUUCUUCAUCU